GGAAGGGGGGGAAAGUGUCCGGACUGGAAGGGGGUGAAAGUGUCCAGACUGGAAGGGGGUGAAAGUGUCCGGACUGGAAGGGGGGAAAGUGUCCGGACUGGAAGGGGGAAAAGUGUCCGGACUGGAAGGGGGGAAAGUGUCCGGACUGGAAGGGGGGGAAGUGUCUGGACUGGAAGGGGGGGAAGUGUCCGGACCGGAAGGGGGGGGAAAGUGUCCAGACUGGAAGGGGGGGGAAAGUGUCCAGACUGGAAGGGGGGGAAGUGUCUGGACUGGAAGGGGGGAAGUGUCCGGACCGGAAGGGGGGGGGAAAGUGUCCAGACUGGAAGGGGGGGGGUGAAAGUGUCCGGACUGGAAGGGGGGGAA